AACACAGAAAAAGAAGACGAUUCUUAACAAUGGAGGCAAGCACCAAGGUUGUUUUAGAGAACGCUGAGAUCAUGAAAGAGGAAAUCAAGAACAAGAACGACGACGUUGAAAAGAAAGAGGCAGCACCUGUUGAUCCUGAUAAUGGUGAAGUAAUUAAUGCUGUCGCUGCUGUUGUUGCUAUUAACAACUCUUCAGCUCAGAUGAAGAAGAGGAAAAACAGGAAGAAGAAGAGCAACACUCGCAUUCAAGUCUCCAACACCAAGAAACCCUUCAUUUUCUACCUAAAACUUGCCAAGAGUCACAUAAAGCAGUACAAUAAUGUUGAACUCUCGGCCUUAGGCAUGGCCAUUCCUACUGUUAUCACAAUCGCUGAGAUUCUGAAACGAGAUGGAGUGGCCAUUAACCAGGAGGUGAAUAUAUCUACAGUGAACUCCAAGCAGGAUCAUGGAGGUUCUUUCAGUCAGAAACCUAGGAUCCAAAUUAUUCUGGGGAAGGCUCAGAAUCUGGACGAGACCACAACUGCUGCUGAUGGCGCCAUAGCACCUAAUAUGGAAUCUGAGAAUUAGGCAGUUGCAUAAGAAUUCAUCAGUUUCAGCAGUCUCCUGCAUAAAUGUUCUUUUUCAGUUUUAUAUGUACACACCUGUGUUGUUGAUGUUACAUUUGUAAUCUUCCAUCUUACUUCAGAGAAAUAUAAAUACGUGUUUCUGGUUCUA